GUGUUUAAAGUUUAGGUUUUGUCAAUUUCUAAUUGCAAGAAAAUAAAUGAUAGUAAUGUAGCACUCAAAAUGAUUGUUAUCGUGUAAUUAUACUUAUUAGUAAGACAUAACCUUGAUUAUCUGUAGAUUUUUUAGCAAGUAUCAUGGCUCAAUGUAAGUUAACCCCUCGUGAGUUUAUAAGUAAUGCUUUUUCACCACAAAUUGCUGCAAUAUGUUCAACCGCAGCCGAUACAGUAUGUCAAAAAAAUAAUUUAUCAUUCGUUGAACUUUUACAACCGUUUUGUAAGCUAAAUACUGAAGGUCAUUUUAAAGAUCCACAGGGAAAUACUGUAAGCAUCAGAAAUCUUCGUCUUUUUAUACAAGAUGUUAAUGCACAGCCUCCAGAACCUACCAUUGCUAGAAAAAUGUUGAAUGAAGCAGUUAGUUCAGCCAUGUGUGAACAUACAACUGUUAUUAAAAUUGGAACAACAGAGCUUGAUAUACCAGUAUCAGUUCCUUGGUUUGAAGCAUGGAGAGAAAUGUUUUUGAGUGUUCAGUUCCCAUCAGAUCAUGAAUUUACAAAACAUUUUCUUGCUUGUAUGAUAGUGGUUUCUACCGCAGAGGACAAUCCUUUAGAAAAAAUACAAAAUAUGGGUGCACAAUUACAUCAAAAUAUACCUGGAAAAUUGUCAAAAUGGUUUAAUAACAAUACGCUUAGAUAUUAUAUCUUAGUACAUGAUACUUUACAGGAUGAUAGAAACAAGGCUGAGAAAGUUUUUACAGAAAUGAAGAAUAUUUAUGGUGCUAAUAAUUGUUUCUUAUUACAAAUGAAUUCAAGACCACCAGGUCAAAUUGAUGACAAUACUCAUUUACCAGAUCCUUGGAGUCAAUUUUUAUUAAGGCAUUCAGAACCAUCAGGGAAUAGUGAACAGAAUAGUUCACCUCGUACACCUGCAGAUACUAGUGGUGUUUCUUCUAUGCCAAAUGAAGUUACAACAGAUACUGAUAAGACAAGUCAGGUUGGAACACCAAUAGCUUCACAAAACUCCAUAUUAGCUUCUCCAGACUUAAAUGAUACUAUUAGUUUUUCUUCUGAAAUGUCUGAAUCAUCAAAUCCACAUUUAGAAGUUGGUCAAGAAGCUGUUUCUGUUAUAAUUCAUCCCUUAAGUCCAACAUCUGAUAAGUUACGAAGUUCUGUUUUAUAUGGAAAAGGGCAAUCAAUUAAUGAUACUCCAAUAAAUGUAAAUGUUUGGGCAGAUUCUCCUAGUUAUGUAGCAACACAACAUGGUGCUAGAUUAUCCACACAAGAUCUUGAAAGAUUACGAGCAUUAAUUACAGAAUUUUGUUUGAAAAGUUUAUUUCCUUAUGUGGAAAAACAAAUUGGUUUAUUAAAUGACGUAAUUUCAAAUAAAAAAGGUGUCAGUAGAUCGCUCUUUAGUGCUACGAGACGAUGGUUUGGAACAAAUAAACCUGGAAUACCAGGACCUAUGCCAUCAAAUGCUGUAAUUUAUACAACAGAAUCUCCAGAAUUACAAUUGCGUCGCUUAGGUGAUUUAUGUUUUAUGUUUGGUCACUAUUCACUUGCUUACCAAACAUAUCAUAGUGCAAAGAGAGAUUUUUCUGCAGAUCAAGCUUGGCUUUAUUAUGCCGGUGCUCUUGAAAUGGCUGCUUUAAGUGCAUUUAUGCAAGGUGAAACUAAUAGAAAGACCAUUGAAUACAUGGAUGAUGCAAUAUUAACAUAUUCAACCACUUGUAAAAUGCCUCAGUUUGCAACAAGAGCAACAUUACUCAGUGCAGAGUGUUUAAAAGGUAGAAGUUUGCAUGGAGAAGCUGCUAAACAACUAAUUAGAAUGACUAGUGAAGAUUCGGAUCUGCGUUCUGCACUUUUAUUAGAACAAGCUGCCUACUGUUUCAUUGGGCCAAAAAUGAUGCGUAAAUAUGCAUUUCAUGCUGUCCUUGCUGGACAUCGAUUUUCAAAAGCAGGUCAAAGAAAACAUUCAUUACGAUGUUAUCAACAAGCAUACCAGGUAUACAGUGGAAGAGGUUGGUCAUUAGCAGAAGAUCAUAUACAUUUUACAAUUGGUAGACAGGCUGCAUCAUUGAAACAAAUUAGUGAAGCAGUUAAAGCAUUUGAAAAAUUAUUAAAUGCUUCCAGUAAACAACCAGCUACACAACAAGCUAUAUUUUUACGUGAAUUUUUACAUAUCCAUAAUUUACUGUUACAGGAAGGUUUAUCAAAUCAUCAAGAGCUUCCUAUCUUGCCUUUGCCAUUAAUAGAUAGUAAUGAUAUUAAAGUAUUUUACGGCCCCAUAGCUAAAUCAUAUGAAAAUAAUAUUCCUGCAAGUCAUGUUUCAUUUGAUAUUGACGAAUGUGAUGAUGCAAAAUGGUCAAAAAUGGAAGAAAUGUUAAUAACAGAAGCUCAGGGAUCUGCUCCUAUGAUAUUUAGACCUACAGUUGCAUUAUACUCAAAAACAAGUAAUAACAGUAUAAAACCAAAUGCAGUUUUAAAUGAACCAGUGCAUUUUUUUAUUGAAUUAUGUAAUCCAUUACGCAUAUCGCUGCCAUUAUCUAACGUAGCUUUAUUAUGGUCAUUUACCUCUGCUAAUAGAAAUGUUACAAAUGAAAUUAAAUCAUCAGAGACCUUAAAGUUAGUGGAAACAGAAGUAAUCGAAAAAAUUAUUUUACAACCUUCUUCUAAACAAAAUAUUACGUUGUAUCUUAUACCAAAAGAAGUUGGAGAAUUGAAAAUAUUAGGUUUAAGCUAUAAUUUAUCUAAUCCAAAACACAUAAUAGAUCCACCAAUUAUUAAUCCAACAGUAGCUAUUACUGGAAAAAGAUUAUUUAAAAUUAGAGGGCCUAGAUUAAAAAACAUUAAAGAAAAGCCAGGUACAAAUAUAUAUGGCAUAGAUUAUAGAUUAGAAAUGAAUAUUAUUGAGAAAGCUCCCUUUAUGCAGAUUUUCUUUAGUAAAUUUUCUCCAGAAAUGAUAUGUGGUGAAAUACAGAAAAUAGAUGUCAUAUUAAAAAAUGUGGGUAAUUCACCAUUGUCAAAUAUUUACUUGGCAUCUACAGAUGCUAAACUUUUUUCAUUAGGAGAUGAACAUAUAAAUGUACAAGAAAGAUAUAUGGUAAAAAGGAGUAAUAGACUUGUAUUAAAAAUUCCAUUAUCUUCCAGUAAUGAUAUAUUAACUGUUGGAGAAACGCAUAUAAUACCGUUUUGGAUUCAAGCACCUUAUGAAAAAGGAAUUCAUUGUUUAGAUUUACUUUUUUACUAUGAAAAUAUUGACACAAAAAGCAUGAUAAAACAUCGACUUUGCAGACAUACUUGGCAUUUUACAGUUUUUGAUUCUAUACAAAUUAGUGCAAUUGCUUCAAGAAGUAUAUUAUUUAAAAAUGUUUCACCUACAUUAAAUUUAAUAACAUGCAUUAAAAACGCAAAUAAAAUUAAUGAUGUAAUCACAAAUGAAAUUUUGUUAUCUAACGUAGUGUUUCAAAGUGAUAAGUGGUGUGUAUUUAGUUCAUCCAUUUUGUCUACAAACAUUAAGAUACAGACACAAGAAAUGUUUCAUUUAAUACUAAAGUUAAGGAAAAAAAAUGUGGACGAAUCAACGUUUUCUGAUGUAUCUUUAACUCCGGAAAAUGAUAUUGAAUCAGAUAUGAAUUAUCCAUACAUUAAUUUCAUACAAAGAAAGGAUAUUCCAUCAUUAGAUGUAAAUGAAAAUGUAGCUGAAAUACAACAACAAUCCCAACGAUUACCACAAAAUAUGGAACAGAAGUCUUUAUCCACCACUAUGACAUUAAACUCCACUUUAAUUCUUAAGUGGCGAGCAAAAAUAAUUGAAAACGGAAUUAUAACAAGACAAGCAAUUGGUCAACAUCAUCUUGAUAUACAAUACUUGAAUAAAACUUAUAAACAUCCUAAAGAAAUUCAAGUUGAUUCAAAUGAAUAUGCUGGACGUUUGAAAAUUUUUGGACCAGAUAGGAACAUACUUGAUUCUUUGGCUGUGACUAACAAAGAACAAGCAUCAGAAACAGAAUUUUUAAAAAAUAUUAUUUCUUUUUCUUUAAGUCAUGAUAGAGAAAUCACGCAUAAUUUUAAUCAAAAUCGACUGUGUUUCAUUCCAGUGAUAAUGUACAUACAGAAUCAUUUAGAAUCACAAAUUGAUAUUAAAAUCAAUACAAUAGGUACUAGUAGUGAAACUCAUCUUCCAAAUAUAAAGUCAGAAUUGUAUUCUUCACAAGCUUCUGCAUAUUAUAGAUAUGCUUGUCACUCGGCAAUCUGUACUCAUGUAGAACCUCUGAUGAGCAGUACUGUAAAAUUACAUGCUGUACUUCCAGCCCCUGGAACGUACGAUCUAGCGGCACGUGUAGAAAUCUCUGCAAAAGUUGUAAAUACUAGAGAAUUCAUUUUGCAGAAAUGGAAAAUGGAAAGCAUAUGUAUUAUUAAUGCUGAUAGUAAAUAGUUUAAAAAU